AUGAAGAUUUCAUUCAUUACCCUGUUUUCUGCCGUGGCUGCGGCAUCAAUCGCCGAAGCUAUUCCAUCUCACCCUCGUCAAUCAGACUUGAAGCCUAGGUACUAUUUUCCGAGAGCCGUGAAGAGACAGGUGAUUUCAUUCGACAACACCACGACAACGACCGACACCAGCACGACAAGCACUGAUGAUUCUGGCGUGGGCAGCCUGCUCUCUACUGUAGGAGAUGUCUUGUCUGAUGUAGCUUCGGUUAUAUCAGAUGAUACUUCUACAACGCCAGCUAGCACCGAUGCGUCCGCGACCGAUACCUCGACGGACACCGCAACCGCUACAGGUGCCACAACGACUCCGUCUGCGGCUGACGUACCUUCUGGCAUCAAUACUGAAACGACGGGCACCGACACUCCAACUGCUACAGAUGCACCAACCACAAGUGCAACAAGUAGUAGUGAGGAUGGCAUCACCCUUGGCCUUGGUUCGAUCAUCAACAACAGCGAUACUGCGACGGAGACUUCAGCCGGUGAAGCCACAAGCGCCACUACCUCGGACUCAGCUGGAAUCAUAAAUUCUGCAGGGUCCCUGCUUUCGUCUGCGACCGAUGCUGCAUCCUCCAUAUUGUCCGUUGCAAGUUCAUUGCAAUCCGUUGCCGCAACAGCUUCAGGUGCAGAUGUUGCGUCCAUUUCUUCGGCCUUAUCCUCUGCCGCUUCAGUAGCAUCCUCGAUUGCCUCCGACGUAAGUUCAGCGGAUUCGGUCAUCACUUCUGCAAUUGGACCAACUGCAACCACCACUUCUAAUCCGGCUGACGUGACAUCGGAUUUGAAUUCCUUCGUCUCUGAUAUAACUACGAAUACACCAACGGUGACACCACCGAUCAACACGGACACAACCACACCGACGGUGACUGAUACGCCAACCAUCACGCCCACCGAUACCAAUACUAUCGCUCCUACUGACACUAACACUGUAACACCAACAGAUACACAGACAUUCCCACCUUCAGGUACCCCGACGGUCACUCCCACUGAUACCAACACAGUUACUCCUACAGAUACGAAUACUGUAACUCCUACAGACACGAACACUGUGACUCCAACCGACACCAAUACUACUGUACCGCCCACGAAUACCAAUACUUUCCCUCCCCCUGGUACUGGUGUCAAUAACACAGCCACUGUUACUCCUGAAGUCGUCUCCCCUCCAGUUACUCCUCCAGAGACCACAGAACCCCCAACUCUUACCCCAACAGUGACUCCGGAAGUGACACCUGCGGUUGGCAACUUCACCAUACCUCCAGUGACUACGAGCGCAGAACCAACUGAUUCAGCGCCACCAACCAAUACUAUCAAACCGACGGGAACUGAUUCGGCUACUGUCCUGACUCCCGGAUCGAGCAUCAUCACCGCAACUUCGACCUCUUCGACUUCAGAUUUUUCCUCGACUAGCGCUACCGUCAUUCCAACCACAUUACCUCGUGUCAUUCAACCACAAGGAGGUGUGCCUGAUGCGCCAGAGAACUCUACUCUGAUCCAACUAGGCUUUGAUUACAGUCUCAACUAUGAAUUUGUGGUUUCAUCUUCGACUGCUGUCUCUCAGAUUUUCUCCUACCUCCCCGUUGGUGUGUCUCACGGGCUUCAAAUGAAUCUGGAUAAAAUGGUCAUGCAGUAUUUGCAGCCGUACAACACUUUGGAUACUCUUGGAUACGUCACGACUUUGGCCAUGGCUUUCAUCCCUUCUGACAAGGUCGAUACGCUGUCGAUGCAACUACUCAAUCCCAACUCAGACCUCUAUCAGAACCCGAAUCCAUCGGUGGUAACCUUGAUGAGUAUGCUCGACCCGUCCAUUCCCGUUUUGGCCGGAUCUUCUAUCGCUCCUGGUGGUACCCCAGUCAACUCGGCAAAUAGUGCAGCCACGACUUCCGAUGAUGGCUCUCCGGAUGACGGCGCUCCCGGAUCCUCUGACUCUGGCAGCUCUCCAGUUCGUCCAUCUUCAGUUGGUAUUGCUGUUGGAGCCGUUGCUGGUGCAGCUGUUUACGGAGCUGCCAUGUUCCUUGUGGCAAGGCGGUACAAGAAGAGAAAGGCUGGUCAUCAAAGGUCAAGCAGCGUGCAAUCAGGUCAUGGCAGCCGUCCAGGAGAGCAAUCAAAUCUCAUGGUCGGCGCCCGGGGCAGCUAUGGUACCCGAUUUGGUGGACGAACCUCUCGAAACAGUGAUCGCAGCAAUUCGAACCGAAGCGGUCGGACAUACAUUAGUCCGCCUGUGAUGGCAGAGAACAGCUUGGGGUGGAACUGA